AUGAAAUACCUAAGAGCCGAAAUCCCCGACCACCCCGAGUCUGCACCUCCUUUGCUGGCGUCACCGAACGGCAGCCUCUGUGAACGCGAACUGGCUGUGAAAACCAUGGGGCGAAUUGAUUCCCUCAAUCUGGUUACGCGUCCUUUCGUGCAUCGCAUUCUGAUUGGCAGAAGACACGAUGCGUGUUCUCGCGUGGCCAUUGCACGAGUUGCCUUCAGGCGUCCAAUGAAAGUUGGCUUCGAUGCCCUAUUCCAUACCGCGCACGCCAAACAUUUUCUCCUCUUGCUGCUCUUCAUAGGCUGGGUAACUGGCACCCCGGUCUACAUCGAAAUCAAACUUGGACUGCGGUAUGCUACGCACUAUCCUCCAAUAAAUAUAUCGGAGUAUGUGCUCAUCGACAAGGAUGUAAUUCUCUUUCCGAGUCCAAAGAAUCGUCAAGAUCAUCCACAACCCUUCGCUCUUAGUUUCGAAAUCGGCAUUCCUGACGGAACGCCCCUCCUCAUUUACGUUCAUCUCUCCGAUUGCCAAAGUACACAUUUGCAGUAUCUCCUUAGAGGUGGACAAAAGCAGCAAGUACACACCCUUGCUUUCCUCCAAACACAAAUUGAAAUGCCAAUAAUGCUUAUUGACACACAAGGCCUCCACACUCCUUUGCCAUUCCUUCUGCUGUCCGUAUUUCUGGCCAUCUUAUACCUGAUGCUUUUUGUAGCCUUCCUCCUUCUUUGCCUAUGUAAACCAAGACGGCGCCAAUUAGUUUUGCCAACACUGCUCUUCCAGAGCCCAGUGCCGCUCAGUUCACGAGCCUCGUCGCUUUCGUCUGCUUUCACAGAGGCGGCAAAGUCGUCAACUUCAGGAUUAAUGGCUGAAGACUCGAGUCCGUAUUCUUCACCUGCACGUGAAAACUCAAAGGGAAUUGUCAAAUCGACACGACGUCUUCCGACCGUGGACGGUAUUCCAAUGUCGCGGAAGGUACUCAUCUUCCUUUACGUCUGUUUCCGUGCAUUUACAAUCUUCCUCUUCACGUUCAGCGUCGGGCUCUCUGUUUUGCUUAGUAUGGAGUCUGAUUCAUUUAAAACACUUGUCUCCUGCGUACAAAACGCCAAAGGUGACAGAAUUAGAGAGAUUGCUAGCCAGGAGGCCAUUAGGAAGACUCUAUCGGUACAAAGAGGCCGACGGACUGCCUCGCCAUGGUUGCAAGAACUUCGGCAGAUAGAAAAGGACUCCGACGCUGAACUUUCUCGACAAACGGCCUACUUCAUUCAGCAGACGGCUACUUGCGAAAUGCAGGAGAUGCGAGCCUCAGGCGAGAUUGGGCUAGCAAUGGCCGACAUUGCAACUCUUGUCACAGCGAGGGCACAGAACAAUACUUCUGGCUUGAGGCAGUCGACAAACAAUCCACAAGAUUUCUUUCAUUACCUAGCUAUUGUAAAUGCAACUUGGGAGUCAGUGGAAAACGAGUUUUGGAACCCCCACAAUGUCUCUGUUCAACGAUACAUGGAGGAGACAAGAAGCCGUCUAGACAAUCAGAUGGUUCAACACUGGUCACCAUAUACACUUCUGCUCGAGAGCAUGUUGGAUAAUCCCUGGUUGGCGACAGCACGCAGAGCCGUAAACGCCACAAAUGAAGCCCUGUCCAGUCCCGAUGUCGGUCGUUUCAAUAUUCGCUCGCCCUCGACUCCGGGUUAUUUUGUUGGACUGACGCCAGCGAAUCCGCGCGAAGUGGAAGCUCUCACGUUCGCUGGUUUCCUUGGCAUUCCACAACCCGCUAAUGCCCGAUACGCCGAGGCGCGAAUGUGGAACAACCUUCGACAGUACGUACAUCCACUUAGACGGCUCCGUGACUUUGAAAAAACAAUGACCAGAGAGACUACCACAGGUUCGUUGCAGUCGCCGAUUACAGCCCUGCCUACUGAUCCCUUCAAAUUCUACACUCGCACCCAAUAUUUUACUACCGAGGACCUUGAUAGCAUUUCUCGCACAUCCUCAACUAUAUUAAGAAAUCAAAUGCAUCAGCGCAGUCUGCUAAGUCUUACCGUAACUACAUACAAACAUGAAGUUAUUCUUCUGCGUGACUGGAUAAAUAUAGCCUAUCUAAGGGUAUUUCUGCUCGUCUUGGACGCCUAUCUUAUCGUGUCGCGGUUUUAUUCUGCCUGCCGCAACUUCUGCGCUCUUUGGCUCGGUAAACGUCGAAAAAUGUAUUAUAACUCGCGCCAAAAGGCCAGUCCACCUCGCCAGAGACCGACGUUAACUGAGCAUUCGAACGCUGCCCUCGUGCUUACGAGCAGUGAAAUGGACCAACAGAAUUCACAACAGGAACUCGAGUCACUAAUUCAACCACCAGCGUCGACCUCGGAGAGUGAUUCACAAGGCGGUCUAACGGGUGAUGAAAUAUGCUCCUCCAAUACCACUGCGACCAUCCCCUUGCACCCAAACGAAUUAUGCAACGAUCCUGAUGCGGCAGAUUAUAUUAGCUACAAUCGUCGAGGAAGCCUUCCAAGCUGCUGUUGUUGCCUUGAUUUUCACUAUUUACUUAUCCUCUUUGGCAUCUGCCUCAUCAUAACCGGUUUAGUAAUCAGCACGGGAGCGGGGAAAGGAUUAGGAAAUAAUUGGCUUCUAAGACAAAGUGCUCUUCUUUCACGUGUCGAGGCUAUGGAUGACUACAGACGUCACAUGCGAGCAAUGGUUCAUUAUGUCCAACUGAAUUACCUCAACUCGCAACGCCUACUUCUAGAACGCAACAAGGCUGUGAGGCAGCUUCGCCGACUCAAAAGAAUACAGCAUUGGCUGCAUCACGAAAAGGAGCACAUUUUGAGGCAGAAUCUCUAUGAAGUUUGCGCUCUCACAGAGCUGUCUGGCCGAAAUCAUCCAACAUUCUACACUCUUGACAACACAAUUUGUCAGCGAAUAAGGCAGGAGCAACAGCGCAGACAGCAUGCACCUUACUCGACAUUGGCAUCUAGAAAACCACCAAAAAAUACCAUGACACUUAUUUCUUCGCUAGAUCAGCUCAAACUGCCACUUUGUGCUUUUUUACCUGUGCAAUCUAGAGACGCUUUCAACUCCAGUCUCAAUUCUCGAGAAAGGCACACAAUUUUGGGUGCGGAGAAGGCUACAAGCCUUCUGUCAGAGCGAGAACUGCGCCAGCUGCACCAGAUGUUUUUCAAGAACUCUAGCUUUGCCACAUUUCUUACAAGCCUCUAUAGGCUUCUGUUUACGACAGUACUUCUUUCUAUGUGUGUUUGCUGGUUACUGGCCUGCAAGCAUUUGAUUGUCCAAAUGGUGACGCGCAAUGUAACCGUCGUAACUAGCAGGGUAACUGUAAUCUCGCCUUGUCCACCAGCUGCCCGUCGUAUUGAAACUUUCAUUCACACUUCGGACAGUUCACUCUCUUUUUAUCGUCCUAAUAGAGCAACCGUCGUUUUAUCGCGACCCAGUAUCUGGCACUCCGAAGACGAUCCCUCGGUUGACCUUAGGGGAUCCCAUUACACCUCGCCACCGGAUCCGCCCCCCCAUGCAACCAAUCAGAACACACCAAAACCACCAUCCUUGUCUUACAAGAAGCCCAGAAGAAACUUGCAUUUGAAAGGAAAGCAGACACUGUCAAAAACCCAAAGUGAUUCUGCAGAGUCUCGGGUUUAA